AUUCUGAGCUAUUGGACGCGUGCUAAGAAAGCCUAACAAUAUAAAAGGAAGUGUCUGACGAGUUACUCAUACUUCAACUAUUUCACUUAAUCGGUAAAAUGAAGUUGUGGAUACUGCUGCUGGUGCUGGCUGUUGGAAGUUUGGUUAGUGGCGAGGAUGCAUCAUCCCUGAAGGAUAAGAUUGUGAUACACACGCCACUUCAAAACUAUGAGAAGCCCUCCUUGCGCGACUACGAGGAAUGUCAAUCAAAUCGGCAGAACUGCUUGAACAUCUGUGCGGGCAGAGAGAAGUGCGAAUUAGAGUGUCCACUGUGCCCGGAACUGACAGAAGAGCCGCUCCUAGUGCACGGCAUCAAUGAUACUAGCUACGUGGCACCCGCUCAACCCGCGCUGAACACCACCAACAUCAUCAGGCUAACAAACGAGAUUAACAACAUUAUCAAGAGCGAUAUUCAGGGUCGGAAUGAGAUCAAUAUCCAGGUGCAUCAGAAUGUGUCCAAGGUGGGCGGUCGCUUUGGACUUGGCUACAAUGAGCAGGGGUCCUGCUGCCAUGUGGUGAGACGAGAGCGCGAUUGCGAGCACCUGGAGCAUUGCCAGGAGAGCUCACGGCAUCGCGUCUGUGGCGCACGAUGCCAAGCGCGAGUGAUGCAUGCCAAACGAGUGGUUCAAUGCGAGAAGGAUCAGCCAGAUGAGUGCCACGAAACGGUGGAAUAUGUCCCCAUGUAUCGUCACAAAUCCGGAAAACGCAACCGUUCCCAAUUUAUACCUAAAUACCAGACGCAAUCCCAGGUCCAAACUCAAUCCGACGAUUGCACGUACUUAAAUACGUGGCCCUUUAUAUCCUGUGGCCACAAUAGAGAGAGCAUGCGACUGAGACGCGCCAGCUGUCAGAAAUGUUUGUAUGUAACCUAUGGCUACCUCCUGCAAAAUGGCAUGCCACCAGAGUGCACGAGUUGCUUUCCAGCCUAUGUAUCACCAAUGAUGCCACAGCCUAUAGUCUAUCCAACCUAUUUGAACCCCGGAUUUGACUAUAAUUACCAGCCUCUGCCUAAGCCUCAACCACAGCCGAACGAAGAUGAUGAGCAGGGCGUUGAUCAGGAUAUUGAGGAUGGCGAGGGCGACCGUGGCUGGGUUGUGGAAUCAGAUAAAUGUUUAGGUCCCAGUGGAGAAUUGGUAAACUGCAAAGAUGGCGUAAUAAACCAAGACUCAUCGCCCCCUGCUCAUGUGGAGCAGGAGGAAGAUCCGUACUACGAUGUGCCCGCCCAGCGUCGCAGACGUCGUCAUGACAAAUUUGUUCGUUCCCUUUACAGUCGCCGUGGGUAAUAUCAAGAAUUUUUAGCUUCUCAGCUAU